UGUGCUCCAUGGCGGCUCCUCCUCGCGCGAGCAGUAGCCGCGCAGCGGUCCAGGCGACCAAUGACGAUGCCUCCGCGAGCAAGCUAUCCUGUGUAAGGAAAGGCUACAUGACAGACAACUACGUUCAGUAUUUCGUGAGAAGACCUGUUAAGAGGUCACCUUUGAUCAACAGAGGGUACUUUGCUCGAUGGGCUGCUAUACGGGCGCUCUUGAUGCAGUUCCUUUCUCAACCCAGCUCGAAAAGGAAGCAGAUAGUUUCUCUGGGAGCUGGUUUUGAUACAACGUUCUUUCAACUCAACGAGGAAGAAAAUGCUCCGGAUAUUUUUAUGGAGGUGGAUUUCUUGGAGGUGACAAGUAAAAAGGCUAUGAUCGUUGCGGCGUGCAAAGAGAUGGCAAGACACCUUGAAUCCCCAGUCUUCGCCCCCGAAAAAGGGGAAAUAAGCAGUGAGCACUACAAGCUCUUUGCUUGUGAUCUAACAGACACCGCAAGGCUGGAUGCUGUCUGCGAAAAGGCGGACUUGGACUUAAGUGCACCGACCCUGAUUCUUGCGGAAUGUGUUUUGAUAUACAUGGAUCCAGAGGCUAGUCGUGCACUUUUAAGAUGGGCCGCGAGCAAGUUCUCAAAUGCAGUAUUUGUAGCAUAUGAACAAAUCCAUGGAGAGGACGCCUUUGGGCAACAAAUGAUACGAAAUCUCGAGAGCCGUGGAUGUCCUCUACUGGGAAUUCACGAUACAUCUACGCUCGAGUCCAAGAUGAACCGGUUCUUAGAAACAGGAUGGAAGAGGGCAGUGGCGGUGGAUAUGGACGAAAUCUACAAUCGUCACAUCGAUCCUGUUGAGAGGAGAAGGAUCGAGAGGCUGGAGAUCUUUGACGAGUUUGAAGAAUGGCAUAUCAUGCAGGAGCACUACUGUGUUGCUUACGGUAUCAUCGAUGAGAAUGAAACGUUUGCUGGAUUUGGAUUUUCGCAAAUCUCCAGCGAAAGCUAGCUGACAAUGGUGUCUAUAUCCCUGUGAUGAAUUUACUCCCGAGAGAUUGUGUUCUUGUGCUAGAAAUUGAGUAGAAGAGGUCGCAAUAUCUUUGUCAUGUUUCACAAGGGUCAUACGGAACUACCGAAGAGGCUGUACAAAAGCAAUAGAUUCGAAUUUAUAAGCA